AUAAAGGGCGAGGUUAAAUGCAUUUUUAAUGGCAAUGUCUGAGACCAAGGCAAUGUCUGAGACUAAGGACUAGAAAACACUCACAGUUCAUUAACAAUGGCCAGCUAUUAUAGACGCAAAAAGCCGGACACGGUAUUUCUGAAUGCCAAUCCCAUAAACAGCAGCAAUGCACAGGCCUAUCUCCAAGGUGUGCGGAAAUAUUCGAUUGGACUUGCCGAACGCUUGGACAGUGGCUAUCAGAAACCAUCCAAUGAUAGGAAACGCAGCUCCGUGACCACAGUGGACUCGCAAAGUCUCGGCACUUUUACGCCCAGUGUUUUCUAUCGCAAUAUUGCACCUGUGAAUUGGUUUCUGCGGAUCAUUGGUGUCCUGCCCAUAGUGCGAAGUGGCCCAUCCCGGGCCAAAUUCGCUUUAAAUACGGCUCCUUUUCUCUACUCGGUUAUUUUCUUCACUCUGCUGGCGUGCUAUGUGGGCUAUGUGGCUAAAAAUCGUAUUCAUAUUGUCCGCUCUCUCAGCGGCCCCUUCGAGGAGGCAGUCAUUGCCUACUUGUUUCUGGUCAACAUCCUUCCAGUUAUGGUCAUUCCCAUUCUCUGGUGGGAGGCAAGGAAGAUAGCGCGUCUGUUCAAUGACUGGGAUGACUUCGAAGUGCUCUACUAUCAAAUUUCGGGGCACAGUUUGCCGCUAAAUCUGCGCCAGAAAGCGAUCUACAUUGCCAUCGGUUUGCCGAUUAUCUCUGUGCUAUCGGUGGUCAUCAUUCAUAUGACCAUGUCGGAUUUGAAUCUGAAUCAAGUGGUGCCCUACUGCAUACUGGACAAUUUGACAGCGAUGCUCGGAGCAUGGUGGUUUAUAAUCUGUGAGGCAAUUAGCACAACUGCUUAUCUUCUGGCCGAACGAUUUCAGAAGGCUCUCAAGCACAUUGGUCCCGCUGCCAUGGUGGCCGAUUAUCGUGUCCUGUGGCUACGUCUGAGCAAACUGACUCGCGACACUGGGAAUGCUUUGUGUUAUACUUUUGUUUUCAUGAGUCUCUAUCUGUUUUUUAUCAUUACACUGUCAAUUUAUGGACUGAUGUCGCAACUGUCGGAGGGAUUCGGCAUCAAGGAUAUUGGCCUAACCAUAACGGCACUAUGGAACAUUGGAUUACUCUUCUACAUCUGCGAUCAAGCCCAUUACGCAUCGGUGAAUGUGCGCACGAAUUUCCAGAAGAAACUCUUAAUGGUCGAGCUAAAUUGGAUGAAUAUGGAUGCUCAGACGGAGAUUAAUAUGUUUUUGCGAGCAACCGAAAUGAAUCCAUCGAAUAUCAAUUGUGGCGGCUUCUUUGAUGUAGAUCGCUCGCUCUUCAAGGGCCUGUUGACCACAAUGGUCACCUACUUGGUGGUGCUUCUGCAGUUCCAGAUUAGCAUUCCAACGGACAAGGGCGACGGCGACGGAGAUGGCAAUGCAAAUAUGACCGUCAUCGAUUUAUUAAUGGAUAGCAUGAAUAACGACAUGACCGUGGUUGGACACUCAAGCACCACCCCCGGCACCACCGCAGCACCCACGACUACCACAAAUACCACAACAACACCAGUAAACCGUUCUGGGGGGCGUGGCCGAAAGGGCUGAAAUGGGUCAAGGUAAAGGCUAUAUUAAAAGAUAAAAAACAAAUAAAACGUG